UACCAGUUUUAGUUGUUUUGAAGGUUCAUUGAGUACUGAAGUUUGGGCAGGUAGGCCACUGUAGGUGUCAGCUUUUGAUACAAGUUCCUGUGAUUGUCACAAGACGUUUAGUCUACAAAAUCGAAGACAGGAAACACUAGCGCGAGCGAUGGAGUCUCUGAAGGCACCAUUUACAAAUAUAUUAAUCAUCUUCACCCUGUGUGGAUCUGUGUUCAUUUCAAUGCAAACUGAAGCAACCAAUACAGGACUGAAUGAAAGGAUUCGAAAAUUUCCAAUGUCGACGAAGACUUUUGAAAGUGGAUACAAUUACAAAACUCAUUAUUUUGAAACAAAGGUGGACCACUUUGGAUAUGCCAAUAAGGACACAUUCCAGUUACGUUACUUGGUGAACGAUGAUCACUGGGAUGAGCGAUCUGGGCCAAUCUUCUUUUAUACAGGGAAUGAAGGAGACAUAGACUGGUUCUGUAAUAACACAGGGUUUAUGUGGGAGAUAGCCCCAGAAUAUAAAGCAAAAAUCGUGUUUGCAGAGCAUAGAUACUACGGCAAAUCGUUACCUUAUGGCCAAAAAUCAUACCAGGAUCCAGAACAUCUUGGUUACUUGACAUCAGAACAGGCUUUAGCAGAUUUUGCAGAAUUGCUCCAUUACAUGCGAUUCAAGAAAGAUGGAGCACGAAACAAUCCAGUUAUUGCCUUUGGGGGCUCAUAUGGCGGCAUGCUUGCUGCUUGGAUUCGAAUGAAAUAUCCAGCUUUGGUCGAUGGUGCUCUGGCAGCUUCAGCUCCUAUAUGGCAGUUUACAGGAAUUACCUCCUGUGGAGUUUUUGAUGAAAUCGUCACCAGAGAUUUUACCAAAACUGGAGAAUAUUGUAGCCAAAACAUCAAGAAUUCCUGGUCUGUCAUAGAUCAGAUUGGAAGUACUCAACCUGGAAGAGAGCAGAUCUCAAAUACGUUCCAUCUGUGCAAGAAACUGUCAUCUGUAGGAGAUGUUAACUCAUUCAAAGCUUGGUUAAGUGAAACCUGGGUCAACCUUGCAAUGGUGGACUAUCCAUAUGCUGCUAGUUUCCUGGCUCCGCUACCAGCUUGGCCAGUUAAGGUGACUUGCUCAAAUCUUAAUGAGAAAAUAACCAGUGAUAGGAUCCUGCUGCAGCAACUGUACAAAGCAGUUGGGGUAUAUUAUAACUACACUGGCCAGGCACAGUGCUUAGACACCACAUCACAGGGAUCUAAGAGUUUAGGAGAUUACGGAUGGGAUUGGCAGGCAUGCACUGAGAUGGUGAUGCCCAUGUGCUCCACUGGUGUCUCAGACAUGUUUCAACCAGGAGACUGGGAUAUCAAGGCUUACUCUGAGGGAUGCGUCAAACAAUGGGGCAGGGGGCCAAAGCCAUAUUGGAUAGAAACUCAGUAUGGAGGAGUCAACAUCAACUCUUCUAGCAAUAUCAUCUUUAGCAAUGGAGAUUUGGACCCCUGGUCAGGUGGUGGGUAUAUUAGGCUAGGAAGCACAAUAAGCUCAGAUUUGGUGCUUACAAGUGCAGUUUACAUACAGAUUAAUACGAUGCCAAAAAAGAAAUCAAAGAAUGAGAAAGUACUGGAGAAUGAAGGAAGACCAACUGGAUUAACAUUUGCGGAUUAUAUAACUGUGAAAGUACCAAAAUCUAAGCCUAAACCAGACAAUGCACAAUCGAAAAAUACAACUGAUGUCCCAAAAGAUGAAACUGUCACUUUAACUUGUGAAGCACCUAUUAAAGAGGAAGCGAGUGCUGCAAUAGCACCAUCCUCUGCUACACUUGCAGGUUUCACUGAUGCACAACCAAAAGACUCUGUACAAGAGCCAAUAUACCAGGUAAAGAGAACUAAAAAAGGACAUAUCCCAAUUAGUGUAGAGAAGAGAAAUAAAGGAAAGAAAGUGACUGUUAUAUCUAAUGUAAGUGGGAACUUACCCAUUCUUUUGUCUGAACUUAAACAUGCUACAGGGAGUGGCGGAGUCAUCAGAGACAAUACUGUGGAAAUACAAGGUGAUCGAUUGGACUUUAUUGAAAAGUAUUUACGGAAACAGAAGUGUUUGAAACAAUGA